AUGCGUCAAGAAGCGAGGCAAAGAAGUUUUUUUAAAAGGGGAGGGGGAGGUGGUGGUGGUGGUGGAGGUGGAGGAGGAGGCAUUGGGGGAUUCUGCAGCGGAUUAAUUAAGCGGCCUUACUGCUGCUCACCACUGGUUGCUCUCGUGCUCCUUUGGCUGAUCGGCUUUGGCAUCUGGAAUAGCGGCCUUUUCAGAAGCCGAAAUUCCUCCACGUCUGCUCCUGUCAUCGGUGAAGACGAUGAUCCCUAUGCCAGCGGCCAGCCUGGUGACGACGCAUGGACGGCUAAGUCAACCAAGACCUCUCAACCGGCCAUCACCGGUACAAAUCCCUCUCUUUCUGACGCGUCUGACGACGAUGAUGACCCCUGGUCUUCCAAAAACACGAAUCCUGGUUCGGUGACGUCGCCCAGCCUUGGCAAUGUAGGUUCGGAAAGCGAAUACGGGGAUGGUCUAGGAGGAUCGGAAGGAUCAGAAGUAGGAAGUGGAAUGGGAGGUGGGAAAGAUGCCAGUACCAAAGCUGAAACGGCCCAACCAGCGGCUAAGGCUGGGUGGUUUUCUUGGUUAUGGGGUGGUGGGAAGAAGGAGACGGAAAGCACUAGCACUGCGUCAGACGAGGAGGGUGAGGGAAGCGGAAUCGGGACAGGCGGGUUUAGACCCGGAAGCGGGUCCGGGCUGGGUUUUGGAGAGGCUGGUAACGAGGAUGAGGAAGACGGGGAUGGAGGAAUGGGAGGUUCGACAGGGUGGGGUUCGAAGCUAGCUGGCUCUGGACCUGGGGGUGGUAGGACAGGAGGGUUUGGCGGCCUGCCGGCAACGGGUAUGGAGGAUGAUGAGGAUGAGGAGAGUGGUGCUGGUGGUUUGGGUGGCGGAAGAGGGAGUGCGAAGGGAGGGGCGUUUGGGGCUCGAGAGGAGGGGUUUGGUGGACGUACGAGUGGGAGGAUGGGUGCUUUUGGUGGGCGUGGCGGUGCUGUGAAGAGAAAAGGGAGUGCGUUUGGCGGGGAUGGGGAGGACGAGGAGGAGGAUGGGGAAGGCGGGGGAGGGAGCGGAGGGGCGUUUGGUGGAAGGCUGGGGAGUGCUGGUUCGGUGGCAGAGGAGGAGGAAGAGGAGGAGGAUGACGAGGAGGAGGCGGAGGAGGAGGAGGCGGGGCGGGAAACGGGGCGUGUGAGGCAGGCGGGGAGGGUGGGGAAGGAUGCGGCGAAGAGAAAGGAGGAGGAGCGUGUGGCGAGUAUGUUUUAUGGGACCAGGGCGGCGGACGAGGCUCCCAGUGUGGAGGACGCGCAGGUGGAGGAGGAGGAGGAGGCUCCGGGGGAGGACGAUGAGGGGCUGCUUGAUUUUGCCUCGCUGCGGAUUCCAGGCACCGGCGUCAGAGGCACCAAGGUGAUGGAGGUGGAGCGGCAGCUGGCGUGUGUGGCGAGGGAGGGGCGGUGGGCGCUCAACUCGACGCCUAGAUGGCUGCCGUGGGACCUCAACCCGCUGAGAGUCAAGGAGCAGCCCAACUACCGCACCUGCGACAUGCUGCACGCCCAGCGGGAGGGCGGCAUUUACGGCCUCCAAGCCGAGCAAAUCCGCCAGAAGUACUCCCGAGCCUCCCGCCGCCGAGGCUCGGCCGCACCGGACUGGAAGGUUCGGCGGGAGGUGCUGUACGAGUGGCGCAGCAGCGAGCCGGAGCGGUGCCCGUUCGUGCGGUUCGACCGCGAGGGUUUCUGCCGGGCAGUGCGGGGGCGGAACGUGGUGCUGGUGGGGGAUGCUUUCAGCCUGGACAUGCAUGACGCUGUGCUGAACCAUCUGGUUACUGCUGCUACGAAAAGGGAUGCUGGUCGACUUGGCGAUGGAUGGGCCAAUGUCACGGAGGGCGCAUGCUUCGAGGCGGGCCACCAGCUAUGCACCGACGUGCCCAUCAACCCCACCUCCGCUGUUCUCCCCUCCUCCACCGCCUCUGGCUCGUACGGCAAAGGCCCCCCCGACACCACUGGCGCAGCAGGAGGGGGGGAUAGGCAGGGGGUGGAUGAGGAAGGUGGGAGUGCUAGCAGUAUAGCUGCCGUGCGUGGGAAGGAGCGCAGGAGGCGGGGGAGGAGGCAGGGAGGGGCCGCUCGAGGCCGCGUGCUGCUGUGGGAGUCCGAUGGGAGCGAGGAGGAGGACGAGGAGGAAGGGGCGGAGGGGACAGAGGGAGGAAGAGAUGGGGGAGGAGGGGGAGUUGGGGGAAGGGUGGCUCAAGGGAGCUCCAACGGGGGAGACGAAGGGGAUGAGGAGGAUGAGGAAGGCGGGGGAAGCGGUGGGGGUAGCCGCAGCGGCUGGAGUUCAGGGGGUGGCAGCACUGGUGGAGGAGGGUCGGGGUCUAAUCUCCAGCUGGGGUCCAGGUCUGGGUCAGGAUCAGGGCUAGGUUCGGGCAGAGGAGUGGCGAGGGGCGGGGAGGCAUCGUCGGCGGCGGGGUUUAACUUGCGGGUGGUGCUGAAUCCGUUUCUGACGCCUGACACAGGCCGCCCCACGCGCUACAACACCCGCUGGCUGCGCCGCCUGCGGCGGUGGCGCACGGAUAUCCUCAUCCUCUCCCGCACCGCGCUCUUUAAUGACAAGGACCUAAUGUUACAAGAGGUGCGAGACACCCUGGAGGCAGUGCGCGAGCUCUAUCCGGACAUGCUGGUCAUCUGGCGCAACUCCCCUGCGGGCCACCCCAGCUGCCACCGCUUCACCCGCCCGCUCAAGCGCCGCCCCAAGCCGCUGCAGCUCAGGGGGCAGCUGCCGGCUACUUGGACCAGACAUGCUGAGAUGAAUGCUGCCGUGCGGUCUCUGCUCAAGUACGGGGUGGUGUAUCUAGACGUAGACUCAGCCACCUCACUGCCUGCUGUGAGUGUUACUGUGUGUUACGUCUUACUCACCAAUCCCACGCGUGUGUCCCACCUCUCUCCUUCCUCCUCCCCCUGCCAGGAGUACGGAGUGGUGUAUCUAGACGUUGACUCAGCCACCUCCCUGCGCCCGGACGGCCAUCACAGGAGGAUGGACGGCACAGUGGACUGCCGCCACUACUGCAUGCCAGGCCCCCUCGACCACUGGGUCUCUCUGCUCUACAACCUGCUCCGCCUCAUCGACUCCCACUCUGAGCAGCAACAGCAGAGCGGGCAGAGUGGGCAGCGAGGGCAGCAAGGGGUAUCACCCGAGCCUGUGAGGCCCGGUCUCCUGCCUGUGCGUCCUGAGGGGGAGUCCGAGCCUGGUCGACCACUGGUUGCUGGGGGUGCUGGCGCUGCUGGUGCUGCUGGUGCUGAUGCUGGGGAUAGUGAUAGUGCUGGUGCUGGUGCUGGUGCUGGUGCUGGUGCUGGUGCUGGUGCUGGUGCUGGUGCUGGUGAUGGUGAUGGUGAUGGCGCUGGUGCUGAUGGCGCUGGUGCUGAUGGCGCUGGUGCUGAUGGCGCUGGUGCUGAUGGCGCUGGUGCUGAUGGCGCUGGUGCUGAUGGCGCUGGUGCUGAUGGCGCUGGUGCUGAUGGCGCUGGUGCUGAUGGCGCUGGUGCUGAUGGCGCUGGUGCUGCUGGUGGUGGCGAAGGAGGAGACAGCAGUAGAGAGGGGGAGGAGAAGGGUGGGAAGGGCGAGGGAGGGGCAGAGGACGAGGGUGGGGCAGGGAGUGGGGACCGACAGGAGGCGGGGGAAAGUGGGGCUGCAGAAGCAACCGGGGGUGUGGUAGAGGGAGGAAAAGAGGAUGUGGUGGCAGGCAGUGGGGAAGGGAGGGAAGCGGCCAGUGGGGAAGCGGGGAAAGAUGCAGGAGCAGAAGCCAAGGAGAGUGAUGGGGCUGUUGGGCCUUCAGAGGCAGGUGGGCUCGAUACUGGUGACGAGGGGGGCAGGGAGGAGACGGGGAGGAAGGAGGUACCGGAGCAAGGAGCAGCAGAGGAAGGGGCAGCAGAGAAGGGAGGGGCAGGGGGGGAGCCAGGAGCAGGUGAGCAGAGAGGAGUGGAGGAAGGCACAGGAGCAGGAGGCGAGGAAGGAGGGGCAGUAGGGGUUGCGGAUGAAGGGGUUGCGGAUGAAGGGGUGAAGGAGGGAGGGGAGGCUGGUGGUGUGAAGCAAGCAGAGGGAUCAGGAGAGGAAGCAGGGAAGGCAGGGCAAGCAGGAGAGGCAGGGCAAGCAGGAGAGGCAGGGCAAGCAGGAGAGGCAGGGCAAGCAGGAAAGAACACGGAACAAGUGGGAGGGGGAUUGGAGAACAAGGAUGAAGGGAAGACUGGUCAUGGUGCUGCUGCUGCUGCAGCUGCCACUGGUGGAGCUGACAGUGGUGGUGGUGCUGCUGCUGCUGGCAGCAGUGAUAGCAGCAGUAGCAGUGCAGAGUCGAACUACUCGGAGUGCAUCCCAGGGACGGCAGUGCGGGGCGCACAGGCGGUAAUCAGUUCAAGAAGCCCAAAGAACUCCCUCAAUAACCACCCCCCUGCCCCACCGCCUGCCCCCUCCUUUCAUCCCUCCCCACGCCACUCCCCCCCUCACCUCACAGCGCCCUGCGGGAACUACUCAGAGUGCAUCCCAGCGCGGACAGUGAACUACUCGGAAUGCAUCCCAGGGACGGCAGUGCGGGGCGCACAGGCAGUGGAGCAGACCAACCGUGAGAUGGCGUGUCUGGCGAAGGAGGGCCGUUGGAUCAAGUUCAACACGCCCCGCUGGCAGCCCUGGAGCAAGGACCCCAACCGCAACCCCCUGGCGCCCCACUAUGGCACCUGUGACAUUCUGCACCGCAGAAACAAGGGCGUGUUCGGCAAGGCAGCGGAGGACAUCCGGGUGUCGGGCACGGGCGACUGGAACGUGCGUCCGGAGCUGAAGCACACGUGGAAGGCCAGCCGAUUCUGCCCGCCGCUCAACGGGUACAACCGCGACAAGUUCUGCCGGGCCAUGGGGCAGCGCAACGUGGUGUUUGUGGGGGAUCAGUCGCAGCUGGCGCUGCACGAUGUGUUUAUCAACCACGUGCUCACCAUGAAGACUGCCAAGGAUAUCGGCACUGCUGCUGAUGCCUGGGAGGAGAAUGAAAUUCCCUUGUGCCACCGCAAACCGCACGUGGUGUGUUCGGACCAUGUGCCCGGGGGAUUCACCUUCCGAGUGGUGCACAACAACCUGCUCUCGCCUGACUCUGCCGGGGGCGGCAAGUUCAACCAGCGCUGGCUGCGCCACCUCACCGAGUGGAACGCCUCCAUUGUCGUCCUCAACAAGGGCUUCGAAAAAAGACCAACUGCCAAGUACCUGUCAACGCUACGUGCAUCGCUGGCGAAGCUGCGGGAGGUGGCGCCAGACGUCUUGUUGGUGUGGCGCAACACGUGGCGCGGCCACCCGGACUGCGGCAAUGCCACAGAGCCACUCAAGGCCGUGCCGCACAAUGAGACCAACGACAGCCAGUGGAGCUACGUGGUGGAACAGAACGAAGGGGCCAAGGCUAUUGUGAAGGAGAGAGGCAAGCGGCGGCUGUCCCAUCCCAUGCAUCCUCAUUUUUCGCGCUCAUUUCAGAUCUCGUCGUGUGGGGGAAGGGCAGAGGAGAGGGAUCGACGAGGCUCAGGGGCGGGCGUUCAAGCGCACCACGCCCAGAUGGACGGCUGCAGUCGUGCCCUCCACCAAGCCCUCCAAACGCCAAUCGGAGCAGAACCACAGCUCCCACUCUCAUCAACCUCACAAUGCGCAAAACACCAACACAACCACCAGCACCAACAGCAGCAGCAGCAGCAAGAGCCGGGCGAUCGCCACAGUGCCGCGCGCACCUCCCGCGCCCAUCCCCCGCGAGCCGGUCACUCGCCGCCUCUUCGCGGGCUUCUCCAGAAUCGGGAGGAAACGCCCCCUGGUGCGCGCACUGGGAAGGGGAAAGGGGGAGGCUGGGGGGAAUGUUGUGGGUUGGGCGGAAGCGGGGGAAUGUUGGGGGGGAGUGUUACUCAAAACUCUUCGCGGGCUUUUCCAGAAUCGGGAGGAAACGCCCCCUGGUGCGCGCACUGGGAAGGGAAAGGGGGAGGCUGGGGGAGAGAGGUGGAGGGGGGGCUGAAGGGAGUGUCAAGGGGUGGGGGAAUGUCGGGGAAUCUUGGGGGUGUGGGGGCGUGUCGGAGGUUGGAGAAUGGUGGGAAGCGCGACCCCUUUCCCUUUCUACUCUUCAUCCGACCCGUCCCCUCCCCUUCUCAUCUAAUCUGGCCUCCUCCUUUCCCUCCUUUCUUCCUUCCCCCGUCGCGCCCUCCGACCCGCCCUCCGCACGAGCAGUGGAAGCAGGCGGGCAUGUGGGUCGCAGGAGCGGCCGCAGCAGCCGUGGGCGUGCAAGUCAGCGCGCAAGUGCUUGAGGCGCUCGACAAGGUCCCCUUCCUGGCGGAUCUCGAGGUGCUGGUGGGCACGGGCGUGGCGCUCAACUUCCUCUCCUCCUACGUCCGCGGAGGGCCGGCGCGAGCGCGGGUGCAGGCGAGCAUAGACAGCAUAGUGGACGCCAUUAAAGGCUUCGACUCGCCCACCGACUCGGACCUUCAGCUGCAGCUGCAACAGCUUGUUGCCGACACCACCGUCGUCGCUACUCCCUCUCUCGCCUCCGCCUCCUCCUCCUCCUUCUCCCCUUCCUCUUUCUCCUCCGCGUCAUCCUCCUCCUCCUCCUCGCCCUCCUUCGCUGCUCGAAUUGCCGGUACGGGGCUGUUCAAGGCAAGGGGAGGGCAGAGCACCAAGGAAGUGGGCGGGCAGGCGAGGGCAGCCGAGUUGACCUUCGGAGGGAAUGGUGGGCAGGCGAGGUCAGCCGAGUUGACCUUCGGAGGGAUCAGGGGGGAGGGAGAGAGAGCAGAGGAAGGAGAAGAGGUGGUGCUGGUGAAGAAACAGUCGCUGAUCAGCCGGUUGGUGGAUUUUGUCCGAGGCAAGGAGGUCAAGACAAAACGUGCCACCCUCGCGCUGCAGGCCGAGGCCGCCCGGUCGCAGGCGCUGCAGUCCCGGGCGGCGGAUCUGAACCAGUCGCUGCAGGCCAGCAAGCGGGCGGCGCAGGCUGCCGCCCAGAAGCUGGAGGAGCUGCGGGCGGCGAACGGGCGGCUGCAGGCGGAGCGGAGCGAGUCCCGGGCGGCAAUGGGCGGACUGCAGCAGGAAGUGGCGUCGCUGUCUGCCGCCCUGGGGAGCCUGACUGCAGACACAGACGCGUUGAAGCAGUCCAAGGAGAAGAAUUCUCAAAAGUGUUUCUCCCCACCCACUCCCCACUCCCAGCUCGCCUCCAAGGUGCAGUCAGCACUCACCGAGAACCAAUCGCUGACAGCCAGCCUGGCAUCGGCGAAAUCCCGGCAGCAGCAGCAGGUGGCGGCGGCAGAGGCGAUGCGCGCGCAGCUGAGAGCCGCUGAGGCCACGCUGGGUGAGCGGGAGGAGGCGCUCAGAAGGGCGCAGGCGGAGAGCGCGCAGGAGAAGACGACGUACGCCGCCCGGCUUGAGGGCGUGAAGGUGGGUGUGGGUGCAUGCACGAAUGCAUGA